ACACAACUAAAUGAAAGUGAUGAUACGGAUAUCAAUGGAGGACAAAUUAAAAACAUGUAUACAACUAUUAUUGAGGUUCUAGAUCAACGCUAUCAAGAUAACGCAUUACUGAUUAUGUGUACCGUAUUGGAUCCUAGGUUCAAAAUCGAGUACAUUAAGUAUAAUGAUUUAUCGGUUUUAAAGAAAACCAUCGCUGAAUUUUGUGAAACAACAUACGAGCGUAUAGAAAGUGAUAGUUACGUCAACAAUAUUUCUAAUCAACUGGCAUCACAAAAAAAACCAAAAACUGGGUUGUCUGUAAUUUUUGGUACUCCUGAAAAUAAUAAUAUGGAUAAUUUUCAAGAAGUUCCAUUAAGCCAAAAAAUAAAAAAUGAAUUGGACUUAUACAUUAACAAUCCAAAAAUCGGUGUUGAACAAGAUUCACUAGAUUGGUGGAACAUAAACAAGACAACUUACCCUAUUAUGUUCGUUUCAGCAAAAAAAGUUAUGAUCAUUCAAGCUACAAGCUUAGCGUCUGAACGUAUUUUUAGUAAAGGGGGAUGUAUAUUAACUGAUCAUAGAUCAUCGUUAACUAACCAACAUGCCAGUCAGCUUAUUUUAUAACUAUGAAUAAGAACUAUAUAGCUAACCAGUGUUUUAAAUAUUAUUUUAUUUUAAUUUAACUUCAAGAUUAAGACUGACCCUUAAGGUAAACGGCAGUUCAUAUUUGUUGUAUUAGUUUAUUUUAUGUUUUUAUGAAUAAAUCGUUUAAACCAGACUAUUUAUUUGAUUACUAAU